UGCCCCGCCCCCUGCGCCGGAGAAGGACAAAGUCAUUGAGCAGGGUCGAUAGUCAGUCUCUGAGCGGAGCUGCCGGUGGAGCAGCGGAAUUUGGAGCUGGCGCCGCCGCCAUUUUAGAGGGCCGCCAUGUUCUCGUCCGUCGCGCCGCUCGCCCGCCUCAAUCCAUUCCACGCGCCCCAGCUGCAGCUGCUCCAGGACGGCGUGAGGAAGCGCCCGGACCCCGCCGAGCCGCCCAGCCCCAGGAGGAGCCUAGCGGCCGCCGCUGUCGCGGAAGAGGACUAUAGCUGUGCAUAUGGCUCAGGCAGAUUCUUUCUCCUUUGUGGCCUUGGUGGGAUUAUUAGCUGUGGUACAACACAUACAGCAUUGGUUCCCCUAGACCUGGUUAAAUGCAGAAUUCAGGUGGACCCACAAAAAUACAAAAGCAUCUUCAAUGGAUUCUCAGUUACAGUUAAAGAAGAUGGCUUUCGUGGUCUGGCUAAGGGAUGGGCUCCAACUUUCUUUGGAUAUUCUAUGCAAGGGCUCUGCAAAUUUGGUUUUUAUGAAGUGUUCAAAGUCCUAUAUGGCAACCUACUAGGAGAGGAGAAUGCAUAUUUGUGGCGUACAUCACUAUACUUGGCUGCCUCUGCCAGUGCGGAGUUUUUUGCUGAUAUUGCUCUAGCUCCAAUGGAAGCUGCAAAGGUUCGCAUUCAGACACAGCCUGGGUAUGCUAACACCUUGAGACAAGCUGCUCCAAAAAUGUUUGCAGAAGAAGGUGUAUGGGCGUUCUACAAAGGCGUUGUUCCUUUAUGGAUGAGACAGAUUCCAUACACAAUGAUGAAAUUUGCCUGCUUUGAACGUACAGUUGAAGCUCUUUACAAGUAUGUCGUUCCCAAGCCCCGGAGUGAAUGUUCCAAGCCAGAACAAUUGGUUGUCACAUUUAUAGCUGGCUAUAUUGCUGGUGUUUUCUGUGCCAUUGUUUCUCAUCCUGCUGACUCUGUGGUGUCUGUGCUGAACAAGGAAAAGGGCAGUUCGGCUUCACAGGUUCUAGUGAGGCUUGGAUUCAGAGGGGUAUGGAAGGGUCUGUUUGCCCGUAUUAUUAUGAUUGGUACUCUGACUGCACUACAGUGGUUCAUCUACGAUUCUGUUAAGGUUUACUUCAGACUUCCUCGUCCACCACCACCUGAAAUGCCAGAAUCCCUAAAGAAGAAGCUUGCUCUAACUGAAUAGACAAAUCAUGGACUGACUUUUCUGGUUGACCAGCAUUAAUGAGAAACUUAGCUCAUUAAACUUUUUUAUAUAUUUGACCAUGCAGGAGACUAAAAUUAUGUAUCUGAUGCAAUUAUUGGUUGUGUCCUUACCCCAGUGAGGGUUCAAAAACUUCUGUUGUCAUCUGUUUAAAUAAAUGGGAACUAGAGUGAUAA